GAUCGUCAAUCGUCAAUAGAUCACAGUCGUGGUAAGAAAUCCGCUAAAACAGAACAGUAGAUAGGUAUCGGAUCGGUGUAUCGGUUCAUGCAUCAUGCCGCAUGUGGUUUGUGGUUUGGUGGUGAUGGAAUGUGUAAUAGGUUCUUCAAAAGAAGACACCAGUCUGACCUACUUGUGACACUCUCACCGGGUAGAGUAUUAUUAUGAACCAGUCUCAUUUCGCUUUUCUUACAGUUCGUUAGUUACGAAAGUAAAAAUUUAUUAUUGAAAUCCGUUUUUUUCGACUUUUUUCUCGUAAUACAAAGACGUCAUUAUGCUGUGGUGAUCUAAUGGUCAUCAUGAAUGUGCAAUUUUGGAUUUUCUUGUGCGGCUUCUGUGUCCUAGGAGUGAAUUCUUUUAUCGUUAUUCCGGAAGAAUUACCGUCCAUUUUGUCUGUGUUUUAUUCCAAUGUGCCUCCGAUUAAAAAAGGAACAGACUCCAGAGUAGGCAUAGGAUUCCGUCUCGGUCCCAAUGCAGACUUCCAGGUACAAUUCGAAAUCGGCCCUCAAACCAACACUCAACCCAUAGGACCCAAUGCUGGUGCCAGUAACACUUCGUCGAAAAAACGCCAAACACCCUAUGGUGUUCCACCUUCAUCUCAGAAAAUCAACUACAAUGCUACAAAUCCCAGUGAAAAAUGGCUCAACACGUGGAAAUUCAAUUUAAACGAAGAACCUGAUCAGAAUUUACACGAGUCUCAUCAGAAAUCUGAUCCUACUCGCGAAGAUAGUAAUUUCGUUAAUCAAUUGCGUAAAUUGUAUGGCUCUGGCUCUAGUUCUGCGAGUUCGAGUGGUAGUGCGAGUCUGAGUACGAGUACGAGUACAGAUAAAACCGAAUCCGACCUUAGUGAUGUUGAUAUGUCCUAGGGUAGGUAUCUUGUGAAGUCAGAAUGAAGUGUACGGCCAGUGAUCAGAGAUUAGGACACAGAAGGGAUCGACUGAGGCCCUGAUGCCCAGUAAUGAUAAAUAAUAUGGGGAAUGUGACAGAAGUAGAGAUUAGUUACCAUUUGUGUGCACCUACAUGGUUUUUUUGGUAGGUGUUUUGAUUUUGUUGUUUUUGUUUAUAAUAUCCAUUCCCAUUUUUACAAAUUCACCUACUUUAUGCAUACAAUGUGCAGUUUUGUGUAUCUACAUAGGUACUUAAUGUAUGUAUAUAGGUACCUACUUAUUUAUGUGUACAUUAUUUUAUUUUAAAUUAAUAUUUAUUGUGUGUACGUAUCAAUAUGAAUGAUUAUCUACUUAUAGGUGCCAAGACAUGAUUUUUCAAUCAAAUAAUUUGUUUGUAUUUUUUUUGUUUUUAUUAAAAAUAUUUUCUUGUUUUUUUUAGAAAAAAUUAUCAUUUUUUUCAAUGUUUGAAAAAUGUGUUUUACUUUGCAGAAAUUCUGAUGAAAUUUCAAAAGAUUAUUAUUUUAUGAUGAUUUUUUUUUUGGUUUUUGUGAAAAAAUAAUUACUUAUUAAUAGGUUGGCUCAAUUUCUUUUGUGUAUUUACCUCAUACUUACCUAAGUAAGUAUUGUUUAUUUUCUACGAAUGGCCACCAAUAAUAAAGUGCUUUUACACGUUUA